AUGAGCAGACAUUUCUUAUAUAACUGCAGCCAACCAAUCCUGGAUGUGAAGAUAGCCUUUUGUCAGGGUUUUGGAAAACAAGUGGAUGUGUCAUAUAUUGCCAAACAUUACAACAUGAGCAAAAGCAAAGUGGACAACCAGUUCUACAGUGUGGAAGUGGGAGACUCCACCUUCACAGUUUUAAAACGUUAUCAGAAUUUAAAGCCCAUUGGCUCCGGAGCUCAGGGAAUUGUCUGUGCGGGCUAUGAUGCUGUCCUGGACAGAAAUGUAGCCAUCAAGAAGCUGAGCAGACCCUUCCAGAACCAGACCCAUGCCAAGAGGGCAUAUCGGGAGUUGGUCCUCAUGAAAUGUGUCAAUCACAAAAAUAUUAUCAGUUUAUUAAAUGUCUUCACACCACAGAAAUCAUUAGAGGAAUUCCAGGAUGUGUACCUAGUGAUGGAGCUGAUGGAUGCCAACUUGUGCCAGGUGAUUCAGAUGGAGCUUGACCACGAGAGAAUGUCCUACCUGCUCUACCAGAUGCUGUGUGGUAUCAAACAUCUGCACUCAGCCGGCAUUAUUCACAGGGACCUCAAACCAAGCAAUAUAGUGGUAAAGUCAGACUGCACCCUGAAGAUCCUGGACUUUGGUCUGGCCAGGACCGCAGGCACCAGCUUCAUGAUGACCCCUUAUGUGGUGACUAGAUACUACAGAGCCCCAGAGGUUAUCCUGGGCAUGGGAUACAAAGAGAACGUGGAUAUAUGGUCGGUGGGGUGCAUUAUGGGAGAAAUGGUGCGCCACAAAAUCCUCUUCCCUGGCCGGGACUACAUUGACCAGUGGAACAAGGUGAUUGAGCAGCUGGGCACACCCUCACCAGAGUUCAUGAAGAAGCUUCAGCCCACAGUGAGGAACUAUGUCGAGAACCGGCCAAAGUAUGCAGGCCUCACCUUUCCCAAGCUCUUCCCCGACUGCCUUUUCCCUGCUGACUCUGAGCACAACAAACUCAAAGCUAGCCAGGCCAGAGACCUGCUGUCUAAGAUGCUAAUCAUCGAUCCCGCUAAACGGAUAUCGGUGGACGAGGCCUUACAGCACCCCUACAUCAACGUGUGGUAUGAUCCAGCUGAGGUGGAGGCGGCCAGAGAUCUCAUCCAAAUAUCCAUGCCUCCACCUCAAAUCUAUGACAAGCAGCUGGAUGAAAGAGAACACUCCAUUGAUGAAUGGAAAGAACUAAUCUAUAAAGAGGUGAUGAACUUUGAGGAGAGAACGAAGAAUGGCGUUGUGAAGGGACAGCCUUCACCUUCAGGUGCAGCCGUGAACAGCAGCGAGAGCCUCCCUCCCUCCUCCUCCAUAAACGACAUCUCCUCCAUGUCCACCGACCAGACCCUGGCAUCAGACACUGACAGCAGCCUGGAGACCUCUGCAGGACCCCUGGGGUGUUGCAGGUGACUAGCGGCCUGCCUGCGCAACCCCAUGUUCUUCCGAAGGUGAAGAACCCACCCUGAAAUGACCAAUGGAAAAUACUUUAAAAAAAGAGUAAAGAUCAAAAUGAAUAUAUUAAGAACAAAAACACGAGUUAUGGAAACAGAAUCUGAAAUGAUGAAAUCUAAAGCCUGUGCAUUGUCAUUCAAAAACAGCAGUGGUAUUUAAACUGAAAAAUAAAUGAGUAAAUGAGCUGAGAUAUAUGUUAAUGAUCCUCUAGUUGCUUUGCUUAUAUUACCCCACAUAUCUUGUAUAUGGCAUCCAAACAAAAAUGACCAAAUGCUUAGACUUGCAUCUCCUGUAAAGUGCAUAUUGGCCGGCUGCUGGUCUCCCAAAUCCUUACAAAAGCAUUUAUGCUCCAAUCAUUGUGGCAAGGUGGGCUGCCAUUUUGCUCAUCACUACUGUACAAUACAAACUUCAUUCUCCUUUUCCCCUUUAUCCAACCCUUAUGUGACGACACUGCUGUAUUUUAACCUCUAGGCUUUGUCUUAGAUGUCCCCACCCAACACAAUCCCCAAUGUAAGGUUGCCUGAUUUGUGUGUUUUUAUGUGGUUAUUCUGCAGGGACAUGUAGUCGCUCUCACGCAGCGCGGCGCUCCCUGCACUACUUGUAAAUAAUGUAAUUCUGUACAGCUGAAGGGCACACAGAGUGGGACUGACGGCCAGUACACUGGGAGUUUUUUUUUUUUCUCUGACUAGCGCACCUUGCCACAUCACUGCUUUCCACCUCAGUUGCCCCUGCCUAUCGCUGUAGUCCUGCAUGGUUAGAUUUAAAACAAUGCUAAUCUCACUGUAUGCUAAAAUGAGUCUUUAUAGAGACCUUUGUUUAUAUACGAUGUAAACUAACUCCAGACAUGGGGGGUCUGGUCACUGGAUAGGACUGUGUGUGUGAGUGAGUGUAUGUGUGUGUGUGCGUGUGUGUGUUUGUUAACAACAGGCAAGCCAUUAAGACAUUAGUAAAUGUCAGGGCUGAGUUCGGGACUUAAAGGGUCAGUACACUCAGUAGAGUGAAUUAUUUUGAUUGUGCACAGGCUUCCACCUAUAAGGAGUUUAAAAAGUCUGAUUUGUGUGUAAUGCCCCUUUUAUUUCUCCUGGCAGUGUAUGAUCGGUCCCUCCACCACCCCACGGGCUGGCCCACAGCCCUGCAUGUCAUUGUGUACCAUUAAUCCCUCAUAGGCACAGGAGGUUGGUCUGUUUCACUGUGGUGUUACCACACAGAGAGACUAUUCUUAUUUAUUUGACUGAAACACAGAAGGCUUUUAGAAAGAGAUACAAAUAAUGCAGUUGGUAGUUUAAAGGCGGGCGAUGAGUGUUAACCUCGUAGCAUUUUGUUCUGAAGUAAACUCAUGAGCAGUAUACAAAAACGCAUAAAAAAAGGAACUGGAUAGAGGACCCCCCAACAGUUAAGUACAUUAUUUCUUAGCGGGAAGAUUUAUUUAUUCAUUACUUUAUUUUUAUCGAUGGAAACUGAAUAUGGCAAGUGCCUUUUUGGAAUGAAGCAUUGCAAGUGCAGAAAUUAUAUUAUUUUUGGUAUUUUCCCCUCUGCUUCUUCUUUUUCUGCCUUAAAACUAUCUGACUCUCCAAGUGGAAAUGUGGUGUAAACAUUAAAGGAAACUAAAAAGCUGUGUUUGGCCAGAUGUUGGCGCUUUGACUUCAGGUUUCAGCCAGUGACAGUGAACGUUUGUGGUGUAAAAUCAAAUGGCUUUCCUCAGAUUCUAUGGCUUAAAGUAAUGCUUGUGCUCGUUUUUACACAACAUGAAAGCUUUUUCACCAUUUUUCAUCUUGAUUUAAUUUAAUUUCUCCUUCAAACUGAUUCUCCAUAAAAUAGUGUGACCACAUUUUCUCAAACUGGGACACACAGGCAUGCAUUGUUUGCAUUGAACUUGUCAAAGGCUUGGCAGCUGUUUAUUUUGCUCUCUUUUAAAUUUAAAGAAAGAACAAAUUAAAAAGAUGUACAGUAUGUUUGGAAGACUGGAAUCAAAGGAGACAAAGUCCUCACCUACAUACAAUAAAGCACCCACAACCAAGGCUAUGAACUAUAUUUUCACUACUCACAACAAUAUUUUAGCUGCAGUUGUGAAUGCAAUUCUUGAUUGUAAUUAAAGUGUUACUACAGCUUUCUUUUCACACUUUAGAUAAAAUACAACUUGAAACCAAGUAGGUGACCUAUUAGUGUUUUAUUUGUGUAUAUGUUAUUUAUACUUUGUUAGAAGUGAAUGAGAAAACGGAAUUCUCAUCUUUCAUGUUCUCGCGCAGGUUUGGUGGGUUUAUGGGCAAAAAGAUCAUAUCUUACAAACAAAGAAAUUAUUUCUCUUUUAAUAAUUCUGCUGUUUGAUUGAAAGACAUUUUAGGAUUUGUAAGCUGUGUUUGUGUGAACAAGACAAACAAAUUACUUUAUGCAUAGCAUGCAUAAUAAAUUGGAUUACCUGUCUCAUGGUGUUUUAUCACUCGACAAACAGGUAACAUAGAAAAAUACAUGAGGUUUCUAGACAAACGAGAUACUCAAGGAUGCUUUCUCUGUCCCUUAAUGAAGCAAAUGGGGACGUCUGUGUUUCCUUCCAGCACGUCAAAACACCAUUUACAACAAUUCCUAUGAAUAUCACUAUAUUUCUUACUUAUGGAAAUUGCAUGGCUCAUACGUCUACUAGUUUACAGUAAAGGUUCAGUCCCAGUCAUGACAUUUUAAAACAUCCUCGAGGAGAUAUGGUGACUGCACUGUUAUACAUAUAUUUGUUUCCUAACACGUCAUUUGACAGUAUAACGGUAUCUCUGCUACAGCACAGGGGUUUACUUUUUGCAUGGAGUCUAACUAAAGCACCCAGUCACUGUAUAAUACAGUCCUUCUCGCGAAAUUGUAUACAUAACCUCCAAUAGCUACUUUGUUAACACUCGCUCUGCCUGUGGCUUGUGUACAGUGAACCACACACAGACUUACAGCACCUUCACAGAGCUAAGAGGGUAACUGAGGGCGGCGUCUCCAGAAUAAGCUACGGCUAACUUGGCUUUCUGUUCAGGGUCUGGCCAGGGCAAUCCUUCAAAAACAGGGUGCAACUUUGACAUUUUUUGUGUUUUGAAAAUGUUCACAUGAAUUUCUCACAACGGGGUCCUGUGUUUGAGUCGACUCCUACACCACAAAUACUCAUGGUACUGUUGCAGUUAUUCUACAGGGCAUUUUUAACCACCCCAUUACAUUAUUAUUUUCCUGUUUUACAUGUCCUGGUCACUGAGUACAAAUAUUAAAACCUUUUUUUUUUUUUUUUUAUGUCUCUGAAUGUGAUCUUUUUUAUAAGACGUCCCUCCAGACAAUUCUGUUGUAAUAAAAAGGUGCUUGAUUAGGAAGCAGACGUGAUUCUAACACAGAAACACAGAAACAGCUGGGUUGUCGGCACUGAAUGUAGAAAUGAGUUGUUCCACUCACGUGAUUGCUGCUCUGCUUUGUCAUCAGUGUGUAUGUGUGUGUGUGUGUGUGUGUGUGUGUGUGUGUGAUUUCAAAUUAACCAGCAUUGAACACAAACUGUCUGUAAGGUUGAAUUGGAAGAUGUGAUUUGGCAUCUGGACAGAUUAUUUAAAGAUCCCUCUUUCAAUACAAGAUCAUGGCGUUUGUGGGAUCGCUUUCAAGAAUGUUUGAUGGGGAGUUGGUACAGUCAUGUGUUUGGAUGUAGUUCAUGUUUGUAUUCACCUUAGAAUUAGAAAUGUGUCAACUACCAAUCCUGCUCCUAUUUUUUGUCACGAGGGACUUAAAAAACGAUCUCUUGUGGAUUCAGAAUUAGCCAAAUUCAUGUCUUAUUUGUAAUCUGAAGAUGGUUGACUAUUGCCAAUAUGAAAUAUGUGUCACAAGUUAGGAUACAUCUUGUACUCAGCUGUGCCAACAUAAAAUCUUUGGACUCAGUACUUGUGAUCCCUGGUUUAUUGAUUUUCACUUCUUUCUUUCAAGUCAUAUUGUAAAUAACAACAAUCCAACCAUGCAAUAAACACUUUAUUGCACUCAGACAGGGAGGCAAGCUACUGCAAGGGUCAGGUGAUGCUAAAAUGUUUAGAGUCUUAAAUGUGGACUGAAAUGUGGAACUCUACAAUGAUGAAACCCUGUAUAGCUCAUCUGAAUCAGGUGAUGUUGUUCUUCGUUUCUUUUAUGAUUCCUUCUCUCUUGUUUCUUUUACUCCGUGCUGUUUUAAUAAAUCAUUCUUUUUGACAUUGUCAGGUUGAAAAAAGAAAAAAAAGAAAUUGUAUCUGUUUCACGCUGAUCUCAAAGCUUCAGGCUAUAGCGUUUCAAAUAAAGUCAAAACAAAUGCAAAAGAAAAAGAAAAAAAUUACUGAAAGCUGUUACUGUAAACACAACAUUUUAAAGGAACUGUGUAUGUAAAAAUAGUAUAUGUAUGUGAUUGAAAAUA